UCGGGCGCUCUCCGCGGCCGGCGGAGCCCCGCCCCUCGGCGUGCUGGCGUCACUUCCUGGCGACGGCGGCGGCGAGGCCUGGUGGCAGCGUGGAGGCGGCGGCGGCGGCGCCCCCCCGGAGCCGCAGCACGGCCGAGCAGCCCCCGGCCGCCCCCCCGCAGCCGCCGCCCCCCGGUGCCGCCAUGGAGCAGCUGGGCAAGGCGGGGCUGCUCGGGCUGGUGGCGGGCGUGGCGUGCGGCCUCUGCCUCGGCUGGGGCCUCCGCGGGCGGCUCCUGCGGCGACCCCGGGCCCGGCCGGCGGCGGAGCCCCUGGGCGGAGCGGGGGCCGAGGCGGCGGUGCCCGGGGAGGACGGGGAGUUCAAGCUGGUGCUGGUGGUGCGGAACGACCUCAAGAUGGGCAAGGGGAAGGUGGCGGCGCAGUGCUGCCACGCCGCCGUGUCGGCCUACAAGCAGGCGCAGAGGAGGACGCCCGAGGUGCUGAAGCAGUGGGAGUACUGCGGGCAGCCCAAGGUGGUCCUCAGGGCCCCCGACGAAGAGACGCUGAUCCAGCUGCUGGCCGAGGCCAGGCGCCUGGGCCUCACCGUCAGCCUGGUGCGGGAUGCCGGCCGCACGCAGAUCGCCCCCGGCUCCCAGACGGUGCUCGGCAUCGGGCCGGGCCCAGCCGAUGUGGUGGAUCAAGUGUCCGGGCGCCUAAAGCUCUUCUGAGCCGGGGCCCAAAUAAGCGGGCAGCGCAUUGGUAUGCGUCAGUGCUGAGGGGUAAAAAUCCAGAAGUUGGGAUUAUUCCAUAUGCUCUCAGUAAAAAUAAAUAUCUUUCUUUUUUUUUUGUAAAAAA